UGGACUUCCUGAGGAGGAUGAAGCAGGAGGAGCUGGCUGAGCGUCUGUGGAGCAAAACUUCUGCUGGAGUCUGCCAGCAGAAGCUGAAGUGUGGCCUGAAGAAGAAGUUCCAGUCUGUGUUUGAGGGAGUCUCUAAAGCAGGAGACUCCACCUCCCUGAACCAGAUCUACACAGAGCUCCACAUUACAGAGGGAGGGACUGCAGAGGUCAAUGAGGAACAUGAGGUCAGACAGAUUGAAACAGCAUCCAGGACAGCAGACAGAGCAGAAACAAGCAUCAGACCAGGAGACAUCUUUAAAGCCCCACCUGGAAGAUCUCAACCAAUCAGAACAGUGCUAACAAAGGGAGUGGCUGGCAUUGGGAAAACAGUCCUGACUCAGAAGUUCACUCUGGACUGGGCUGAAGACAAAGACAACCAGGACAUCCACUUCACAUUUCCAUUCACCUUCAGAGAGCUGAAUGUGCUGAAGGAGAAGAAGUUCAGCUUGGUGGGACUUGUUCAUCACUUCUUCACUGAAACCAAAGAAGCAGGAAUCUGCAGCUUUGAAGACUUCCAGGUGGUCUUCAUCUUGGACGGUCUGGAUGAGUGUCGACUCCCUCUGGACUUCCAGCACCCUGAGUUCCUGACUGAUGUUACAGAGUCCACCUCAGUGGAUGUUCUGCUGACAAACCUCAUCAGGGGGAAACUGCUUCCCUCUGCUCGCCUCUGGAUCACCACACGACCUGCAGCAGCCAAUCAGAUCCCUGCUGACUGUGUGGACAGGGUGACAGAGGUCCGAGGGUUCACUGACCCCCAGAAGGAGGAGUACUUCAGGAGGAGGUUCAGAGACGAGGAGCAGGCCAGCAGCAUCAUCUCCCACAUCAAGACCUCCCGAAGCCUCCACAUCAUGUGCCACAUCCCGGUCUUCUGCUGGAUCACUGCUACAGUUCUGGAGAAGGUGUUGAAGAGCAGAGAGGGAGGAGAGCUGCCCAAGACCCUGACUCAGAUGUACAUCCACCACCUGGUGGUCCAGGCCAAAGUCAAGAAAGUCAAGUAUGAUGGAGGAGCUGCCACAGAUCCACACUGGAGUCCAGAGAGCAGGGAGAUGAUGGAGUCUCUGGGAAAACUGGCUUUUGAGGAGCUGCAGAAAAGAAACCUGAUCUUCUAUGAACCCGACCUGACAGAGUGUGGCAUCGAUCUCAGAGCAGCCUCAGUGUACUCAGGAAUGUUGACACAGAUCUUUAGAGAGGAGAGCGGCCUGUACCAGGACAAGGUGUUCUGCUUCAUCCAUCUGAGCCUUCAGGAGUUUCUGGCUGCUCUUCAUGUCCAUCAGACCUUCAUCCAGUCUGGAAUCAACCUGCUGGAAGAACAACAGCAAACCUCCAAGUGGUCAAAUAUUUGGAAACCUAAUCUCCACCAUCUCCAUCAGAGAGCUGUGGACGAGGCCUUGAAGAGUCCAAAUGGACACCUGGACUUGUUCCUCCGCUUCCUCCUGGGUCUUUCACUGCCGGCCAAUCAGAGUCUCCUUCAAGGUCUGCUGACACAGACAGGAAGUAGCUCACAGACCAAUCAGGAAACAGUGAAGUACAUCAAGAAGAAGCUGAGUGAGAGGCUGUCUGCAGAGAGAAUCAUCAAUCUGUUCCACUGUCUGAAUGAACUGAAUGAUGGUUCUCUGGUGGAGGAGAUCCAACAGUCCCUGAGAUCAGAAAGUCUCUCCACAGAUGAACUGUCUCCUGCUCAGUGGUCAGCUAUGGUCUUCAUCUUACUGUCAUCAGAAGAAGAUCUGAAGGAGUUUGACCUGAAGAAAUACUCUGCUUCAGAGGAGGCUCUUCUGAAGCUGCUGCCAGUGGUCAAAGCCUCCAACAAAGCUCUGUUGAGCAGCUGUGGUCUGUCAGAGAGAAGCUGUGGAGCUCUGUCCUCAGUUCUCAGCUCUCAGUCCUCCAGUCUGACACAUCUGGACCUGAAUAACAACGACCUGCAGGAUUCAGGAGUGAAGCUACUGUCUUCUGGACUGGAGAGUCCUCACUGUAAACUGGAAGCUCUCAGUCUGUCAGGGUGUCUGGUCUCAGAGGAAGGCUGUGCUUCUCUGGUCUCAGCUGUGAGCUCCAAGUCCUCCCAUCUGAGAGAGCUGGACCUGAGCUACAACCAUCCAGGAGACUCAGGAGUGGAGAAGCUGUUUGCUGCAGUGGAGGAUCCACAGUGCAGUCUGGAGACUCUCAGGGUGGACCAUGGUGGGGAGCACAGGUUAAAACCUGGUCUAAGGAAGUAUUUCUCUCAACUUGAACUGGAUCCAAACUCAAUGAACAGAAACCUCAAACUGUCGAACAACAACAGGAAGGUGACAUAUGUGAAGGAAGAGCAGCCGUAUCCUGAUCAUCCAGACAGAUUUGAUGACUGGUCUCAGCUGCUAUGUGGAAAUUUUCUGAGUGGUCGGUGUUACUGGGAGGUUGAGUGGAGCGGAAAGGUUUAUAUAUCAGUGAGUUACAGAGGAAUCAGGAGGAGAGGCUACUUGAAUCAGUGUGUGUUUGGAUGGAAUGAUCAGUCCUGGAGUCUGGCCUGCUCUGAUGAAGGUUUCUAUGUCAGACACAAUGGCAGAACAACAUACAUGUCCUCCUCCUCCUCCUACUCUUCUUCUGGUAGAGUAGGAGUGUAUGUGGACCAUCCUGCUGGCUCUCUGUCCUUCUUCAGAGUCUCCUCUGACUCUCUGAUCCACCUCUACACCUUCAACACCACAUUCUCUCAACCUCUCUACGCUGGAUUUAGACUCUUGUCCUCUGGUUCUUCAGUGAGUCUGUGUCCUCUGUAGGAAGGACGGUCUCUGUCUCUGACAGCAGUCCUGUCAGCACCAAUCAGAGAUCCAGAGAACAUCAGUGGAGUUCAGCAGGGUUCACAGACCUGCUGGCAGCUGCCACACCUUCCAGUAGCUGCCAGUUAUUUAUUGACCUCUCUUGUUCCGUCCUGCCAGUGCUGCUGUCCCCUCACCUCAUAAGUCAGUACAGCUGCCACUAAAGCACCCUGUAGGCAGAGGUCAGUAACUACAGGUCAGCUCCAUUAAACCCUGUGAGUUACUCACUCACAUCUUGAGCCCUGUAAGGAUAUUCACAUAGACUGGCGUCAGUCUUUAAACUGGCCAGGUGAUGGCAACACGGCCUGUCACUGACUCAACAAGCUCAUUUUUUUUCCACUGUUCACCACUGGGGGGUCUGACAAAAGGCCUCUUCAAAUCAAACUCCAAUUUGUUCUUUAACCUGACCCUGAUGACGACCCUCAUUCAGGCAUGUGGGAAGGUGUUUUAAGUAGAGGGGGCUGGCAACUGUUUAAAGCCUUAAGCGGACUGGCCCCUCGGUACAUUUCAGACCUCAUCCAAAUUUACCAGCCCCGGCGCGCCUUGAGGUCUGAAGGCCAGCUCCAGCUCGUGGUGCCGAAGACGAGAUUUAAAACCCGAGGGGACAGGGCCUUCUCUGUGGUUGGUCCCAAACUCUGGAAAGCUCUGCCCCGCCACGUCCGAACAGCUCCCACAGUUGAGUGUUUUAAGUCUCGUCUUAAGGUCCACUUUUAUUCUCUGGCUUUUAAAGGAAUACUCCGAAGAUUUUGGACCCACGCCCUGUCCCUAUCAUUUACAAAGUGAGAUAAGCUCAUAAAUACCUUUUUCUGUCUGUGCGUCCAGUGGCUGGCUCCCAGCUGUU